AUGGCGUCCUCCGUGGAUGGAGCGGACCUGCAGCAGGCGUUGCUGAGCCGUGUUCCGUACAAUCUUCUCCCCGCGUCGCUGCAGCAGCGCAUGACUCCCUAUGACUACCAAACCAAGACGAUUCAUUACGCCAUCCUGCGUGGCCACGCAUACUAUCGACUGCCCGAAUUUGUGCGGAGAGCGGUGAGGGAGGAGGCUUACUAUCAAGAGAUGGUGCGGUACGCAGCGGAGCAGCUCCAGCUGUACCCGUACGUGCACCAGAAGAGUAUCGUCCUUUACACGAAGGAGACGCCGCUCUCCUACUACACCGGCGUCUUUGCUGAGCUGCUCAAGCAGGAGCAGAGCUACCACCGCCUGCCCAACUUCACCGCCAUUGAUGCACUGAAUCUCCUCGGCAUCGGGCGAAAUCAGUACUUGCGGCUCACAAAAGAGGUGCGCAGUACACUGCGCUGGCACGUCAGCCGCACGUACGUCAACGAGUGCUUGCCCAGGGAACUCGUGCCAUCUGUCACGAUUGAUCCUUUCUGGGUUCUUGGAACGAUCGACUACGCGGCAGAUGUGCUCAAGAAGCGUUUUCAGGGGCUCUCACCGGAGGAUGUGGCGCUGUAUCGCAUGAUGGUCAGCAAAGGGACCGCCUUUGUCCGGCCUGAGAUGCUGGCCACCUUACAGGUACCGCAGUCUAUCUUUGCAAAGGACAUCAUCUACACGUACGAGCUGCCAAAGGAGGCGCUGCGGCGGCUGUACCAGCGCGGCCUGGUGUUUGCGAGCUUUGACGUCUCGCCAGACACGUAUGUUGUAGUGCCGACACCGGGUGGAAACUUCGUGAUGAACCGCACCUCUGAUGAUCCCCAGGAGCUGCUGCUGUACCGCGUGCUUUCCACCAUAGAUGAUCGCACAUCACUUAGCCUGUUGGCCCAGCUCCUGAUGAUACACGAGGAGGACGUCUGCGGCGCAGUGCAUCUUCUUCUGCGGUUGGGACUCGUGCAGUGGAAGUGCCCCUCGUUGCCACCGGGGCUGGAUGUCGCUACGCUUGACGGGGUGCACCCCCACUGGCAAGAGGAAGUGGCUGCCCGCAUCAUUGCAUUCACUCGCUACCAACUGCAGAACUCGAUGGGCGGCCUCACCAAGCCCAGCGACACCGCUGGCGCUUGUGACCCCUUCCCCACUGUCAGCAAUCCGCACCCAUCGAAGCGUAUUGCCCUCCUCUACGACGUUACACUGACGGGCUUUCUCAUGAUGACAAACCUCAGCCACGACCCGACAUUCAAGCAGCAGGCAGUUAUGCUAUAUGAGGUAGGGAAGAUGCCUUACGAGAUGGUACCCGCCUUUCUGGCGCUGCUGGAUCGCAUAGACUGGAAAGAGAUGGAGCGGUUUGGCGGGGAGGCGAAGAGGUACAUCAACAGCGUCGUGUGUAUGCGGUGUUUGCUUCAUGCACUUUGCGAGGUGGUAGGGCCUGAAGGGGCCGUCGGGGUCGAUCUGCUCAAAAUCGAGUCGCUCAAUGAGCUGGAGGCGACGACGCGUUACUCUGUGCUGGGGCGCAACUACUGGGCUUACGUCAUCACGUCACCCGUCUCGGCAGCACCCCUCAUUGACGUUGAGCUCAGCUGUGUCUACGGCAGCACGGUCAGCUUUAUGACGUCGCCAUGGAUGCUGCUGUUUCUCUACACGAAGCUGCAGCGUGGGCCUCCGUCGCUGCUGCUCCCGUUCGGGACGUUGCUGCAUCGGUGGCCGCCGUUCCUGGAUGAGCUUGAGGAGGCCCCUGAGAGUGAGGCAAGCGCGGAGGCGGGGCCACCCGUUAUGGUGGGGUACAACGUGUUAUUGCGGCAGCAGGCCAUGACUCUCGAUGCGGAGGUCAGCUACAAUGACCUCAGCAACUCGCUCCUGCUGCUCAAUGAGGUGACUUCCGCGGCGCCGGUGUUUGUGCAGCAGGUAGUGCGUAUACCGCUUGUCUUGCAGAAGGAUGGCAGUGUGGUAGCCCACAGCGCCUAUCAACAUCUCGAGGUUGCGGUGCCGUUUUCGGUGUCCCAGUCGCAACUGUAUCGACUCGUGGAGUCUUGUAUUGCCGCACACCAUCCGUCUGCGACGGCCGUCACUCUUGUCGACAACGCCCAUGUAAUGUGGAGUCUCUUAACAGACAGCGUCGCCGCCUUGCGGCUGCAGGACUCUCUCGGCUACCUCACCUUCACCUUCACAUAUGAGCAGCUAGACGUUUUCGACAGUGCCCCGACUACGGGACUCUUGUGUCAGCUGCAUGCCGCGUACGUCGUCGAUGUUGGUCUCGGAGUCCCCCUUACCCAUGUCGAGGCAUGCGAGCUGCUUGUUGACGCUAUUCCUCGCUUGCUUAGCGAGGGUUGCAGUGAGCGUCACAACGCAGCAAUGCGGGACUGCGUGGCUGAGUUUGGUGCCUUCCUCGAGCGCUACUCCACACUCACCCGCGCUGUGCACGCGAAGAUGACGAUACAGUCAACUACUACCACUGGCCCCGUGACGCAACAUCACCUGCGCAAGAUCGGUGGCGUCGGCGGUGCCCCUUAUCCAGCGAGCUUACUGUCCUUCGAUGGCACUUACCUGAGUGUUACGGACGAUGCGGAUCCGCUAUCCGAGCAGUGGUGA